AUGGGAGAAGUGUUGGUGGGUGGAGUGUGGGUACCAUCCGCAAUUGCUCAACACUUCAAAGACGAAGGACACGCCCCAUUCUCGUACACGAAGCCAAACUUGAAAUUCCAACCCCGUGAAGUAAAACUCAAUAUAAAAACAUUCCAACCACAUAGAGAACAAAUUUUUGUCGAAGAUUAUAAGCGACGUCUGUUGAAAAUCGCUAUAUCAAAGUUAGACGACGAUCGAGGUCAUAGGCGCAGGCCGUUAAGAAGGUACAGCGACGUGCAGCAAGUCGCAACCCGUCCAGCCGCUUUCGUUUACCCGGACAGACGCGGUCACAUGUACAAACCUUUGAGAAGGUACAACAGCGAGCUAGAAUCGCUUUCAACUCGUCCAACUACUUUCAUUGUACCGGCUCGAGAGCGGCAUACGAGGUUCUACGCGCAGACCCGUACGACGGUUCAGCGAGAUGCAACAAGUCGUAGCUCGCCCGUCUGCCAUAGUUAUCCCGGUUUGUUCUACUCUUUUCCUGAGAUACCGAGGUGCAAGAGUUGUAGAAUUGUGGGAUGUCGGUAUCACAGGUUCAAGAAUGCCCACACUAUACCCCCACCCUCUUCCUCCCCCUUCCCCACUUUUGAAUAA